CGAUCUUGAUUGUUAUCUAUAUUUAUGUAGCAUUCAGUCUGGAAUGGGGGAAUGUUCUCGUGAUAUCCAAACAAACGCAACGCCCCCAAAUACAGAGGGAACAAUUUUCUGAAAACUCACAAACAAAAUUCAGUUGAAGAUUCAUUCGUUUGGCAUCAUGUGGUGGUCGGUGCCGUUGCCCAUUGUGGGCCUGAUCUUGAUCACUGGCCAAGUUGCGACAGCCACAAAGUGGUAUAGCGGUGGUGCAGACUUCAAUAGUCCUUCCGCCUGGGUGGAUGACUAUAUGCCCUGUCCGGAAGACUUGGUGGUGUUUCCCAAGUAUUUUCCUGCUGUUCUUCCACUGCCUGAGGAAAUCUCCAUUGACGGCAUAGUGUUCCCCAGGGAUGGGGCCAUACUGAUUGCUGAGGAGUCUACCAUAACCUUUGGCGCUCCAAGGAAUGCCAAGUGUGACAGCGAUGAAAAAACAGCCCAUCUGAAGCCGCCAAAAUCAAGUAAAUGGUUUGAUCCACACACCUGGAAAUGGGCGGACAUAUCGAAGAGUGUAUCAUCCCCCGUCCCGGAGUUGGAGCGGGUGCCCUGCGACGAUGAGCAGGUCAUUGUCAAGGGUCAUGCUCCACUCGCCUUCGAUCUGGAGAAUGUGCAGCACCUCCGGUUGGGGCAAUUGAUUCUAGCUGGCUCCUCCAUCUCCAAGUUCUAUUUGGAGCAGCUCUUAGCCCGAGAUCUGGGAAGGUUCCUCUUCCACAACGCUCUGGAUGUCCAAGUGGAGUAUUACCGCGGAGAGUUGUGUGGCUGCCACAAGGACUUUGAUCGGCUCAUUGAGCCUGUCUGCCACAAUGUCAAGGAGCAGUGCGAAGCACCACAUUGCCUCUCGCCAGUUCGUCCCUUUGGUUCCUGUUGCCUGAUCUGCGGUGCUGUCCUUACGAUGCCCCGGCAGCACUGCUCCGAGGAGGAUCGAAAGACCCUGCAAAACCAACUCAAUUCAAUGAUCACCAAGCAGGAUCUGGCGGCUGAGAUUCAACUCCAUGUGGAUUAUGUGAGCUCUGAGCAGUAUGGCAGUUUCCUUCAGGCCAUUGUCACGGAUCGUGGUGGCUAUAGCGAGAGGAGUGUUGAGUUCAUGCAAUACCUGUCCCAGCAUCGCAAUCAGAGCACGUUUCUGGCCAAGCAGAGUGGCUUAGAGCUGAAGUCAUCCGGUCGUCCACACAACCCGAAUGUCAGCUUUGCCUCCGUCCUCCUGAUACUCUUUUGCAUGGCACUGGUGGGCGUUGUGAGUGUCAUUAUUUUGGCCCACUUUAUGCCGGAGAAUCCUUACCUGAAUCGCAUUCCCCAAUGGAUCCACGAUCCCCGUCGCUGGCGGUGGCGUCACUUGGGAGUGAGGCUGCGCCGUAAUCCCCUCUUCAAUCGUUUUGAGAAUGUGGUAGCUGGUGCCGGCUCCAUCGAAGACCCUCUCGGUGGUGUUGUUGGGGUGGAUCGCGUUACUGUGAUGGGCUACGAUCCCGGCAACGAUGAGGUGAGGGAAAGGUCCUUUGACAAUCCCAUGUUCGAGCAGGGGGCUGCACAGGUAGCUUCCAGAGCGGAGGCUCCCAAAGAAUCACCUCAGGAUCAGCCAGAUUUGAUGGUUGCUCCUAAAAUGGAGACCGGUGACCUGGACAACUGUAGUGUGGAGGAGCAGGAGCUAACCGAAAUCAAUUUGGAAUCUUCAGAGGGCGAAACGGAUGAGGAGGCGCAAAUAUAGCAUUAAAGCAUAUAUUGUUUGGUUAUUUAUAUUAUCAGAGACCAAUCGAUAAAUUACAACAAGAAAAACACCUCUUCUGGCUAA